UAUUUCUUAAUGGCAAAAAGGAAGUAUACAGUUAUCUUUUGGUCUUCAGUAAAGGUCUAUUCUGUAUCAGGAUUACAUUUUGAAAACAUUUUGCUCCAAUUAUAAAAGUAAUAAAUGCUCAUUAUAUAAACUAAUGGAAUAUAAAGAAAACAAAAAUAUAAAAAUCACCCAUAGCUAUAUCUCUCAGAGGUAAUCAACACUCAGAGGUAUUUGAAUUUAUGUGUAUUUGUAUACAUUAUAUGUUUUAAAAACAAAUACUGGUAGAUGAGGAGCUGCAGAAUUCUUAGCCUGGAUUAGAGAAAUAAGAGUAUGUUAUCCUUGGUGAGACUGAAAAAAGAAGAAAAGAAUGGGGCUAGUGUGAAAUCUUUACAUGGGCCUAGGGCUCUAAGAGUUAUUGUAUGGUUAGCUUCUAUAUAGAUAAUUAGAUAAUUGAGUUUGAUUUAGCUCUUUAUAUGGGAAAGCGAAGGUCUGGACAAAUGAGUACUUUGGAAGUGUUGAAAUAGAAACUGGGCAGUUAAGCUUAUUUAAUAUGUAAUAACAAUCAGUGGAUAGAUAAAUAAGGCUUGAUAGGGAGAAUUUCUUAAUAUCUUUUGAAGAAUACCUCCAUUUUGGUAGUAGGGAGUACCCAGAGGAUAAUUUUCGGAGCCAGUACAGUGGAACUGGCCAGCAAAAGUUGGUUCAAGCUAGUUUCUUGAAUAUUGAUAAUAUAUUCAACAUGGUACAGUCUACAUACAAAGAGACCGAGAUGGGCAGAUCACUUGAGUCCAGGAGUUCUGAGACUAGCCUAGGUAAUGUGGUGAAACCCUGUCUCUCUAAAACAUUAAAAAAAAUUCGCUGGGUGUGGUGGCACAUGCCUGUGGUCCCAGCUACUUGAGAGGCUGAAGAUGGGAGGAUCACCUGAGCUCAGGGAGGUUGAGAGUGCAGUGAGCCUUGAUUACACCACUGCACUCCACCCUGGCUAACAGAGUGAGACUUUGUCUCAAAGAAAAAAAAAAGAAAAAGAAAAAGGAAAAAAGUGGUCACCCUUAAAGAUGGGAAGAGUUGAGGUAUAAGUAGUAGAUAUGAUUUAAUAGUCAUUCUUCUUGGAAAAAAUUAUUUUUUUAAACGAAAGAUUGUACCAUUUUUUACUAAGUUGUUGGAUUGAGUAAUAUUUUUAAGAAGCUUUUUGCUGUUUACUAGUCAGAUUAUUAGUGAUCUUGUUUUUGGGUAGCAUGAUAGACCAAGUAUUAAAUAGUUUUAACUUGGAAAGCUGUAGAGAUGAACAUCAAAACACUGGGGGAAAAAAAGGUAUAUAUAUGUCACUUGAUAGUCUGUAUGCUAAGGUCUCUAUGAACAGAUUGGAAAUUAAUAGAUUCACUUUUAACUUAAAAUAGAUCUCGUAAUUCCAAAUAGAACAUUAAUAGGAAGAAAUUAUAAAAGUCACAAAAUGAAAAGAACACUGACAGGAAACCUGGGUUCUACUUCUGGCUCUGUUCCUUUCUUUCUGCAUGAUUUUAGGUGUUUUCAUUUUCUUUCUUUUUUUUCUCAGUUUUAAAACAAGAAUAUAAAAUUCUGAGGCCUAUUUUAGCUCUAAGCCUGACCAUAUUAUAAUUUCUUAACUGAAUACUUCUUAUCUAUACAUUUUUUUCUAUAUCUUUCCAUCUAUCUAUAAGUAGCUUUUCCCAUGAUCUGACUUCUUUAUAUUUCCUUUUAACUGACAAAGCAUUUUAAAACAAUUAAAAAUUGUUUUGACAGCCAUUUUAAAUGUCAAAACAUUAUAAAAUACUUUAGAUUUAUACAAGCAAUUGUGAACACCUUUGAUAAAUGAACAUGUCUGUUCAGCCUUUUUGGUACCCCUUUUUAUUUUGCUUAGGUAGAUCAAAUUCUAAGUUGAUCUUUUCUAGCAGCAGGGUCGGAGUCUAGUGAUCGUUUUUAAAAUGGCUUAGAUGCUACCUUUCUUUUCUGAGAACUCAGUGUGAUAUAAUCCUUAUAAGAUAUUGACAGCUAAUUUUAUGGAUUAUCCCCCUGGGACAGUGGAACCUAAGUAAUUUGAAGACGAGAUCAAAUUGUUUUGAUUCAGAAGCAAUGGGUUCACUAGUGAAAGGAAAGAUCCCAAGAUCGUCUGCACCUGUUCAGCAUUUGGCAGGAUGGCAAGCGGAGGAGCAGCAGGGUGAAACUGACACAGUUCUGUCUGCAGCGGCUCUUUGUGUUGGAGUUGGGAGUUUCGCUGAUCCAGAUGACCUGCCGGGGCUGGCACACUUUUUGGAGCACAUGGUAUUCAUGGGUAGUUUGAAAUAUCCAGAUGAGAAUGGGUUUGAUGCCUUCCUGAAGAAGCAUGGGGGUAGUGAUAAUGCCUCAACUGAUUGUGAACGCACCGUCUUUCAGUUUGAUGUCCAGAGGAAGUACUUCAAGGAAGCCCUUGACAGAUGGGCCCAGUUCUUCAUCCACCCACUAAUGAUCAGAGAUGCAAUUGACCGUGAAGUUGAAGCUGUUGAUAGUGAAUAUCAACUUGCAAGGCCUUCUGAUGCAAACAGAAAGGAAAUGUUGUUUGGAAGCCUUGCUAGACCUGGACAUCCUAUGGGAAAAUUCUUUUGGGGAAAUGCUGAGACGCUCAAGCAUGAGCCAAAAAAGAAUAAUAUUGAUACACAUGCUAGAUUGAGAGAAUUCUGGUUGCGUUACUACUCUGCUCAUUACAUGACUUUAGUGGUUCAAUCCAAAGAAACUCUGGACACUUUGGAAAAGUGGGUGACUGAAAUCUUCUCUCAGAUACCAAACAAUGGGUUACCCAGACCAAACUUUGGCCAUUUAACGGAUCCAUUUGACACACCAGCAUUUAACAAACUUUAUAGAGUUGUUCCAAUCAGAAAAAUUCAUGCUCUGACCAUCACAUGGGCACUUCCUCCUCAACAGCAGCAUUACAGGGUGAAGCCACUUCAUUAUAUAUCCUGGCUGGUUGGACAUGAAGGCAAAGGCAGCAUUCUUUCUUUCCUUAGGAAAAAAUGCUGGGCUCUUGCACUGUUUGGUGGAAAUGGUGAGACAGGAUUUGAGCAAAAUUCUACUUAUUCAGUGUUCAGCAUUUCUAUUACAUUGACUGAUGAGGGUUAUGAACAUUUUUAUGAGGUUGCUUACACUGUCUUUCAGUAUUUAAAAAUGCUGCAGAAGCUAGGCCCAGAAAAAAGAAUUUUUGAAGAGAUUCAGAAAAUUGAGGAUAAUGAAUUUCAUUACCAAGAACAGACAGAUCCAGUUGAGUAUGUGGAAAACAUGUGUGAGAACAUGCAGCUGUACCCAUUGCAAGACAUUCUCACUGGAGAUCAGCUUCUUUUUGAAUACAAGCCAGAAGUCAUUGGUGAAGCCUUGAAUCAGCUAGUUCCUCAAAAAGCAAAUCUUGUUUUACUGUCUGGUGCUAAUGAGGGAAAAUGUGACCUCAAGGAGAAAUGGUUUGGAACUCAGUAUAGUAUAGAAGAUAUUGAAAACUCUUGGGCUGAACUGUGGAAUAGUAAUUUCGAAUUAAAUCCAGAUCUUCAUCUUCCAGCUGAAAACAAGUACAUAGCCACGGACUUUACAUUGAAGGCUUUCGAUUGCCCAGAAACAGAAUACCCAGUUAAAAUUGUGAAUACUCCACAAGGUUGCCUGUGGUAUAAGAAAGACAACAAAUUCAAAAUCCCCAAAGCAUAUAUACGUUUCCAUCUAAUUUCACCCUUGAUACAGAGAUCUGCAGCAAAUGUGGUCCUCUUUGAUAUCUUUGUCAAUAUCCUUACGCAUAACCUUGCGGAACCAGCUUAUGAAGCAGAUGUGGCACAGCUGGAGUAUAAACUGGUAGCUGGAGAACAUGGUUUAAUUAUUCGAGUGAAAGGAUUUAACCACAAACUACCUCUACUGUUUCAGCUCAUUAUUGACUACUUAGCUGAGUUCAAUUCCACACCAGCUGUCUUUACAAUGAUAACUGAGCAGUUGAAGAAGACCUACUUUAACAUCCUCAUCAAGCCCGAGACUUUGGCCAAAGAUGUACGGCUUUUAAUCCUGGAAUAUGCCCGUUGGUCUAUGAUUGACAAGUACCAGGCUUUGAUGGAUGGCCUUUCCCUUGAGUCUCUGCUGAGCUUCGUCAAAGAAUUCAAAUCCCAGCUCUUUGUGGAGGGCCUGGUACAAGGGAAUGUCACAAGCACAGAAUCUAUGGAUUUCCUGAAAUAUGUUGUUGACAAACUAAACUUCAAGCCUCUGGAGCAGGAGAUGCCUGUGCAGUUCCAGGUGGUAGAGCUGCCCAGUGGCCACCAUCUAUGCAAAGUGAAAGCUCUGAACAAGGGUGAUGCCAACUCUGAAGUCACUGUGUACUACCAGUCAGGUACCAGGAGUCUAAGAGAAUACACACUUAUGGAGCUGCUUGUGAUGCACAUGGAAGAACCUUGUUUUGACUUCCUUCGAACCAAGCAGACCCUUGGGUACCAUGUCUACCCUACCUGUAGGAACACAUCCGGGAUUCUAGGAUUUUCUGUCACUGUGGGGACUCAGGCAACCAAAUACAAUUCUGAAGUUGUUGAUAAGAAGAUAGAAGAGUUUCUUUCUAGCUUUGAGGAGAAGAUCGAGAACCUCACUGAAGAGGCAUUCAACACCCAGGUCACAGCUCUCAUCAAGCUGAAGGAGUGUGAGGAUACCCACCUUGGGGAGGAGGUGGAUAGGAACUGGAAUGAAGUGGUGACACAGCAGUACCUCUUUGACCGCCUUGCCCACGAGAUUGAAGCACUGAAGUCAUUCUCAAAAUCAGACCUGGUCAACUGGUUCAAGGCCCAUAGAGGGCCAGGAAGUAAAAUGCUAAGCGUUCAUGUUGUUGGAUAUGGGAAGUAUGAACUGGAAGAGGAUGGUACCCCUUCUAGUGAGGAUUCAAAUUCUUCUUGUGAAGUGAUGCAGCUGACCUACCUGCCAACCUCUCCUCUGCUGGCAGAUUGUAUCAUCCCCAUUACUGAUAUCAGGGCUUUCACAACAACACUCAACCUUCUCCCCUACCAUAAAAUAGUCAAAUAAACUGCAGUCGCGUUGGCCUGAA